AUAUUUAACGAUUACACAAGGAUCAUUAAUAUACAGUGAUUACAUAAUGAUCAUUGAUAUUUAACGAUUACACAAGGAUCAUUAAUAUACAGUGAUUGCAUAAUUAUCAUGAAUACUGUUGUUGUUAUAUCUCUUUGCUUCAGGAUAACCUACACAGAAGCCAUAAACAUCCUCAACAGCAGCUCCAAGACAUUUGCUUUCAAAACAGAUUGGGGCUCUGACUUGCAGACAGAGCAUGAGAAGUACCUGGUGAAACAUUGUGGCAAUGUUCCUCUCUUCGUCACAGAUUAUCCCUAUGACCUGAAGCCCUUCUACACACGAGACAACCAGGACCAGCCGCUACACACUGCAGCAGCAGUAGACCUAUUAGCCCCCGGAGUAGGAGAGAUGUGUGGAGGUUCUCUGAGAGAGGAGAGACUGGACCUAUUGAAGACACGUCUGGCACAGGCUGGUUUGGAUGAGCCAUACGGAUGGUAUUUGGAUCUGAGACGGUUUGGUUCUGUCCCUCACGGUGGGUUUGGUAUGGGCUUUGAGCGUUACCUGCAGUGUGUUUUGGGGGUCGACAACAUCAAAGACGUUAUUCCAUUCCCCAGAUACUCCCGCUCUUGCCUUCUGUAAACUAUACACUGAGUAUACCAAACAUUAAGAACACCUUCCUAAUAUUGAGUUGCACCCCUCUUUGCCUUCAGAACAGCCUCAAUUCAUCAGGGCAUGGACUCUACAAGGUCUUAAAGAGUCAGGCUGCCGAGUGUGUUGCAGGAAGUAGGACUGACGAGUGUGUUGCAGGAAGUAGGGCUGCAUUCCACAGGGCAUGGACUCUACAAGGUGUCGAAAGCGUUCCACAAGGAUGCUGGCCCAUGUUGACUCAAUUAUUUGUCCUGUUGUCUAGCUGGAUGUCCUUUGGGUGGUGGACCAUUCUGGAUACACACAGGA